CUGCUAGUCCACUAGAACCCUGGAGUGGGAUCAACUGAUUAAAGACAUCAGCUUGGUGCCUUCCAGCUGGGGGGAAACUGCCGUGUUGGCAGUCAGGACAAGUUUGAGGGGGACCAGAAGGAGGCGAGGGUUUAUAAAAGAAACAAAGAACUUCAACACACUCACAAGAAGCAAGAAAACCAAAGGACAAGAUGAUUGGUCAAGGGCUUUCCUCCCUCCUGCUGCUCUUGUGCAGUGUUGAUGCUUUUGAGUACAGCAGACUGGCCCAACACGUGGACCGCCAUCAAGAAGAGUACGUCGAGAUUCUGCGAGAAUGGGUGUCCAUAGAAAGCGACUCCAGCAACGUGUUGAAGAGAAGGAACCUACACCACAUGAUGGACGUGACCGCACAGAAACUGAGACAACUGGGAGGAAGUGUGGAGUUAAUCGAUGUCGGCCAUCAGGAGCUGCCUGACGGACAGAACAUAACGUUACCUAAAGUGGUGGCGGCUCAGUUUGGCAACGACGUCAACAAGAUCACGGUGUGUGUUUACGGCCACGUGGAUGUCCAACCUGCCAAGCUGGAGGACGGCUGGGCUACACGACCAUACAACCUGACUGAGGUCAACGGAAACCUGUAUGGAAGAGGAGCGUCGGACAACAAAGCUCCAGUUUUAGCUUGGAUUCAUGCUGUGGAAGCCUACAAGUCACUUGAUAUGGAACUACCAGUCAAUGUGAAGUUUUUGAUCGAGGGCAUGGAAGAAACAGGUUCCAAUGGUCUGGACUCAAUGAUCGUGUCUCACAAAGACACGUUCUUCUCUGAUGUGGAUUACAUCAUCAUCUCCGACUGUGGCUGGCUCAGCACAAAACCAGCUCUAACUUAUGGAACUCGUGGAAACUGCUAUUUCUUUGCUGAGGUUGAAGGCCCCAAGCAGGACUUACACUCUGGUGUUUAUGGAGGCACCGUCAUCGAACCAAUGACUGACAUUGUUGGCCUUCUUGACACUUUGAUAAGUCCAAGUGGUAAAAUUCUGAUUCCUGGCAUCCGAGAGUCGGUAUCUGCUUUGUCUGACGAAGAAUGGAAAAUGUUCCAAGACAUUGAGUUUGAUGUCGAUCAUUUCAAGAACAAGAUUGGCGUGGAUCAGCUGAUGUACAAUAACAAGGUGGACUUGCUGGCCCAUAGGUGGCGCUAUCCUACUGUCUCCAUCCACGGCAUUGAGGGGGCCUUCUCUGAUCCUGGCACUAAAACUGUCAUUCCCGCUAAAGUGACCGCAAAGUUCUCCAUUAGACAAGUCCCGAACAUGGACCCUACUGUCGUGGAAAAACAGGUCACUGACUACCUGCAUUCAAUGUUCGCCAAGAGAAAGAGUCCAAACACACUAAAAGUUCAGAUGGUGAUUGGAGCAAAACCUUGGUUAGCUGAUCCUCAAAAUGUUCUUUAUGGAGCUGGAAAGGCUGCUGUCAGGAAAGUUUUUAAUGUCGAGCCGGAUCUGAUCCGCGAGGGCGGAACCAUCCCCAUCGCCAAAACCUUCCAAGACGUGACUGGAAAAAACAUCAUCAUGAUUCCUAUUGGAGGCUUUGAUGACGGCAUGCACUCCCAAAAUGAGAAAAUAAGCAGGUACAACUACAUUGAAGGCACCAAGUUAUUCAUCGUUUUCCUGCAGGAAGUUUCACAGAUUAAGAAGGACGUCGUGUGAAACAUUUCUAAUAUUCAUCAACACUUUAGUCAUUGAGCAGUUUUACUGUGCAUGUAGUUAGUACUGUGUUCGCUACUGCUUGAAUUAUUUUAAUUUGAUUGACCACUUCAUCAUAAGGCAAUGGUGUGUACUUCAAGUACGAGUUUAAAGCAGAUUAUAAUGAUUAAUUACUCAUUUUUAUUGAAUAAAAAUGACUAUUUCCAAUCAUGCAAAAGGUACAUUUUAUCAAUCAAUAUGAUGGAUCAGUAUUUAGUUGUUCUUUCUUUUAUUUGUGCUUUUUAUCUGCUAAAACAAUAAGUAGAUUAGUGAUCGAAUUUAAUCAUGCUGAUGUCCAAUUACUGAGUCAUACAAUUAGUGAUUAUUAACAUGAAUAAAUGUCACCUAAUUUUUCAAACGCCCUAAUUUGAGCAUGAUUCAGUUUAUGGUGAAAAUGUGUCUUGGUUUUCAAACAAUGUUUUGGUUUAAGUAGAAUUAAAAAGUCAAUCGCUUCUUAUGGAGUAUGAUGUACAAUACUCCAGCAUAAACAAUUAAAGUUGUAUUAUGUAGUAAAGUCAACAA